AUGUUAUCCUUACGGCGGAUAGGUACAGCAGUUGCGCCCGUUGUUGGGCGCCAGGGCCUGAAGGUUGCAAGUGCGAGAUUGUACUCUCAAUCCGUUGGCCCAUUGGUGUACGAUUUACACGAGCCUGCUCAACCAAAAACCGACAAGAAGAAGUCUCCCAUUCUAUUUCUCCACGGUCUUUUCGGGUCAAAGAAGAACAACCGGGCCAUCAGCAAGGCUUUAGCUAGAGAUCUGGGAAGAUAUGUAUACGCCUUGGAUCUGAGAAACCAUGGCGAAUCACCUCACAGCACCCGGCAUGACUAUCCUGCCAUGGCCCAAGACGUAGCAGAGUUCAUCGAGGGUCAUGGCCUUACGGAUGCAACCCUCAUCGGUCACUCAAUGGGAGCCAAAACUUCAAUGGCUCUUGCUCUCCGCUCCCCGGAACUUGUGGCCGACAUUGUCUCUGUCGACAACGCGCCUGUGGAUGUCUCGCUCAGCAGGGACUUUCCCAAGUACGUACGCGCCAUGAAGAAGAUUCAAGAAGCGAACGUCACGCGCCAGGCCGAAGCCGACAAGAUCCUCAGCGAGGUUGAGGAGUCUCUGCCUAUUCGACAAUUCCUUCUUGGUAACAUGUACUUACCAGAAGGCGAGAAAGUACGGAAGUUCCGCAUCCCUCUCAACGUCUUGGGUAAGGCAUUGGACAAUCUAGGGGACUUUCCCUACAAGAACCCCAAUGAGAUCCGAUUUUCGAAGCCAGCCCUAUUCGUCCGAGGCACGAAGAGCAAAUAUGUUCCCGAUGACGUGCUGCCUCUUAUCGGACAGUUCUUCCCCAGAUUCCAGCUUGCCGAUAUUGACGCAGGUCACUGGCUUAUCUCGGAGCAGCCUGAAGCUUUUAGACAAGCGGUUGUUGAGUUUCUUCGGAAGCCCGAGUGA